AUGAUUUUUUUAAUUGGACGAAACAACAACGGUAACGGCAACAACGGUAACAGCAACAACGGUAACGGCAACGACGGUAACAGCAACAACGGUAACGGCAACAACGUUAACGGCAACAACGGUAACAGCAACAACGGUAACGGCAACAACGGUAACGGCAACAACGGUAACGGCAACAACGGUAACGGCAACAACGCUAACAGCAACAACGGUAACAGCAACAACGGUAACGGCAACAACAGGAACAGCAACAACGGUAACAGCAACAACGGUAACAGCGACAACGGUAAUAGCAACAACGGUAACGACAACAACGGGAACAGCAACGACGGUAACAGCAACAACGGUAACAGUAACAACGCAAAAUUUAUAGACCAUACCACAUUCUUGGAGAACUCCCGAUCUUUUGCUAUAGAGCCACGUUGCUGCGUAUAUAGUUCGGGGCUUGACGUUGUGGUCAAGGGUGUCACGAAGCAAGGGUGUCAAGAGGUUGGAUUCAUCGCGGAUAUUGAAAUGAUGUUGAUCGAUUGA